UGGAACGUUUUGGGAGAAGAUUGUCGCCCGGAGGAAAAAGUAUGGACGCACAUGCUUUACCCGUUUCCUUGGCAACAGAAUUGUGCGUAAAUAGUCUACGGUGUCUUUUCAAAUUGCGGAGAAGAUAAUGGAUGUCAAAGAACUUGAUCUGUUGGAUUUUGAGGAUAACAUGGUUGAGAUGGUGGAAGAAGACGAGGAAAACUUUGCCCUUUCUAGUUCGUCCGCAGCAGACGCAGCCUUCGAUGCCGUCAUAGGGAGGAUAGAGGACAUCAUCAUGGAGGGGGAGUUCCAGCAGCUGCAGCGGAGCUUCAUGGAAAAACACUACAUGGAGUUCGAGGACUCGGACGAGAACAAGCUCAGCUACACGCCCAUCUUCAACGAUUACGUGGACCUGCUGGAAAAGCACCUGGAGCACCAGCUGAUGGAGAGGAUCCCUAGCUUCAAUAUGACUGCCUUCACACACCUUCUGAUGCAACAUAAAGAAGAGGUGCCUGUGGAUAUCUUCGACAUGCUGCUCAGCUUCACUGACUUCUUGACCUUCAAGGAGAUGUUUCUAGAUUACAGAGCAGAGAAGGAGGGGAAAGGGCUGGACCUGAGCGAGGGCCUGGUGGUCACCUCUUUGAGUUGCACAGGAUGCAGCAGACAUAUUGGAUCAACCGGAACUUCGUGACACACAUGGCAAAGCUGGUCCUAGUGAACCCUUUUAGUUGCACUACG